GCAGAUACGUACAGAGACAGACAGAAAAACGCGAGCAUUAGCAUAGAGCCUUAUUCUUUUUCGUUUUUUAUCUCCUUCUUUCCUUUAUUUGAUAAACAUAAAUGACAGCUCUUACAUCAGCAAAUGGUAUCAUUGCUCUACUCGAUGAAUCACAACCUGAAUUAAAAAUCUAUGCACUGCAACAAUUAAACACAUUGGUUGAUGAAUUCUGGGCAGAAGUUGCUGACUCUAUUGCUAAAAUUGAAAUCCUUUAUGAGGAUACUUCGUUUACUCAAAGAGAACUAGCAGCUUUAGUGGCUUCUAAAGUCUACUAUAAUUUGGGCGAAUUAGAUGACUCACUUACUUUUGCUCUUGGUGCAGGUGAAGCUUUCGACCUCUCAGAAUCCUCAGAAUAUGUGACAACCAUGAUUUCCAAAUGUAUUGACAAGUACAUCACCCUCCGAUCGGAGAGUGAGGACCCUGACAGCGCUGUUGAUCCCAGAUUAGAAGACAUUGUGGAAAGAAUGUUUCAACGUUGUGUAGAUGAUUGUGAAUUUGAACAAGCUAUCGGUAUUGCACUUGAAUCCAGACGUCUUGAUAUUGUUGAAGCUAUGAUUAAAAGAGGAGAAGAUUCAAACAAACUUCUGUCUUAUGUCUUGGAUGUUUCAAUGACACUUGUACAAAACCUGGAGUUCCGUAAUGAAGUCUUGAGACUUUUGGUAGAUUUAUAUACCUCCCUCGAAAAUCCCGAUUAUAUUUCAAUUAGUCAAUGUUUGGUUCACCUGAACGAUCCUUCUUCCUGUGCAGUUAUGCUUAAAGAAUUGAUUGAAGAUAGUAAUGAGCUCAUGGCUCAACAAAUUUCAUUUGAUUUGGAGGAAAACGCAACUCAAGAAUUUUUGUCAAAGGUCGCAGCAGAAUUACCUGUUGAACCUGAAAUUGAGGAAGAAAAGGCUGAAGGAGCAACUGAAGACGAAAAGCCAAAGAAUGACACGCCCUUCAAAAAAAUCAAAUCAAUUUUGUCAGGUGAAGAGUCAAUUCGCCUCCACCUCGAAUUCUUGUACCGUAACAACCAUACAGAUCUUCUGAUUUUGAAGAAUACAAAGAAUGCUUUGGAAUCUAGAAAUUCAAUUUACCAUACAGCAGUUACUUUUGCCAAUGCAUUCAUGCAAGCAGGUACUACCAGCGAUGAAUUCUUGCGUCAGAAUCUUGAUUGGUUGUCCAGAGCCACAAAUUGGUCAAAGUUCAGUGCUACCGCCGCCCUUGGUGUUAUUCAUAAGGGACAAUUAGCUCAAUCCAUGAACCUUCUGGCUCCUUAUUUACCUCAAGAAAGUGUUGGCAAUAGCUCUUAUUCUGAAGGCGGUUCACUAUACGCCCUUGGUCUCAUUAAUGCUAACCAUGGUGCUAAGGUUCUUGAUUAUUUAAAGAAUGCCUUGAAAGAUACUUCUGAUGAUGUAAUUCAGCAUGGUGCUUGUCUCGGUUUAGGUGUUGCCGGUAUGGCUACGGCUAAUGAAGCCAUUUAUGAAGAACUAAAGAAUGUCUUAUUUGGUGAUGAUGCUGUUGCUGGUGAAGCCGCUGGUCUAGCCAUGGGUUUGAUCAUGCUUGGUACUGGCAAUGAAACAGCCGUUGACGAGAUGCUCCAAUAUGCUCAUGAAACUCAACACGAAAAAAUUAUUCGUGGUUUAGCUAUUGGUAUUCCUUUCAUUAUGUAUGGUAAAGAAGAGCAGGCGGACGAAUUGAUUAAGAAUCUAUUGGAAGAUAAAGAUCCUGUUCUCCGUUACGGUGGUAUUUAUACUAUUGCUAUGGCAUAUAGUGGCACUGGUAACAAUAAGGCCAUCCGUCGCUUAUUGCAUGUCGCUGUAAGCGAUGUUAAUGAUGACGUUCGUCGUGCCGCCGUUACAGCUAUUGGUUUCGUAUUGUUGCGUAAUCCUAAGCAAGUUCCACGUAUUGUCCAGCUCUUGGCUGAAAGCUACAACCCUCACGUCCGAUAUGGUGCUACCCUCGCUUUGGGUAUUUCUUGCGCCGGUACUGGCUAUCUUGAUGCUCUUGAAUUACUUGAACCUAUGACAAAGGAUCCUGUCGAUUUCGUUCGUCAAGGUGCCUUUAUAUCCCAAGCCAUGAUCUUGAUUCAACAAACUGAAAACACAAAUCCCAAGGUUGCUGGCGUUCGUAAAUUGUUUGAAACAAUUAUCAGUGAUAAGCAUGAGGAUCCGAUGGCCAAAUUUGGUGCCGUUCUCGCGCAAGGUAUCAUUGACGCAGGAGGUCGUAAUGUGACCAUAUCCUUAUUAUCCAGAACUGGCCAUGCCAACAUGCCUGCUAUUGUGGGUAUGGCUGUCUUUACACAAUUCUGGUAUUGGUAUCCUUUGACACACAUGCUCAGCUUAGCCUUUACGCCUACUGCUAUCAUUGGUCUCAACAAGAACCUUGAAACACCUCGCUUUGAAUUUGUCUCUAACGCCAAACCAUCCUUAUUCGCAUACCCACCUGCCAUAAAGCCUCCAUCAGCAACUGUCGUAGAGAAAGUGGCUACUGCUGUCUUAUCUACUACUGCUAAAGCAAAAGCUCGUGCUAAAAAGAUUGAGAAAGAGAAGGGAGAUCAAAUGGAUAUUGAUGAAGAUAAGCAUACUGGUACGAAAGAAGAUGAGGAGAUGCAGGAUGAUGAAAAGAAAGAUAGUGGCCAUAAGUCACCAAUUCAAAAGAAACAACAAAAGAAGGAGGAAAAUUUUGAACUGCUUGAAAAUAUGGCACGCGUUGUUCCUGCUCAAUUGAAACACAUUACAUUUAAAGAAGAUUCACGUUAUAUUCCAGUGAAGAAAGAAAAUGUCGGUGGUAUCAUAAUGAUGAUUGAUAGAAAACCAGAAGAAGAGGAAGAUUUGAUUCAGCCACGUGUUCCAGCUGGAGGUAAGUACUCUCUAUCGUAAUUUAUUAAUUUUUUAAGCGCUUGUUUUCUGAUGGCUUUCUUUUUACGAUUUAGAUGCCACAACAAGAGCUGCGGCAGAGGAAGAAGCAGCACCAUUCGAGCCUUUCGAAUAUCCUUUUGAUGACCAAUAACUGUCUUCUUUUUUUUCAUUUAACAUUUAAUGUUCUUGCCAGAGUUUUAAUUUGUAGAAAUCGAAUAACAAUAACUGAACAUACUUGUACACAAUAAAGAAAUUCUUAAAAAAAAUAACAAGAUGCAUGGCAUUCUGCAUGUGAAAAUGCAGCAGUAGGAACUCAUGAAGAUUUCUUUAGCCCAGGGGCAAGUUAGAAUCAAAUCAGUAAAGGAUCGAAUAAAGUUUGUAGGCAUCUUUCAUAGGAUAAUAAAAUAUGAAUAACUGUGAACCAACCAUUAUUGUGGA